AUGCCAAAGACCAUCUUGAUAUCCGGUGCCGCCAACGGCCUCGGUGCAGCGUUUGUGCGGAGAUACGAGCACGACGACACCGCCAUCAUCGCCAUCGACCGAGAGAAUACGGACGGUCAGCAUGGACAGAAUGUUCAGGUUUUGACUGUGGACGUCAGCUCUCAAAAUUCGAUCAAUCGUCUGGCGAAACACAUUGAUGAUCGGAGCAUAGAUGUGGUAAUCCACAGUGCAGGUGUUCGCGGACUGGUGCCCAGCAUGGAGCAGAAGAGGCCCGACAGUGUUGCAGCAUGCGAGACACUGGAAGUUAUGGACCACGCCACGAUGAUGCGCACGUUUGAAAUCAACGCAGCGGGGACCUUCAUGCUGCUCCGGGCCCUGCUACCCAAUCUACGUAAAGCAAGAGGAAAGGUGAUAGUUAUGGCUUCUCGCAUGGGAAGCGUAGGGAACAACCAGCGCCCCAACAAAGACGCCGGCAGCGCGUACGCCUAUCGAGCCUCCAAGGCUGCGCUCAACACGAUUGUGCGAUCGUUCGCUGCAGAUGUGCCCGAGGUCACUUUCGUUCUCGUUCAUCCGGGCCGCGUUGAUACCAAGCUUGUCCUCUGUACGGAACAAGGUGCGAUCAGUGCUGAAGAGAGCGUCAAUGGUCUCGCGCCUCUCAUUGAUCGAUGGGGCAGUGGAGAUAGCGGCAGGUACUUUGAUAGAUUCGGCGAGCCCAUUGAGUGGUAG